GUUCAUAGCUCCAUCUAUGACAUACUGAGUUUACAACAUGCGUGAAUACACUUCUGAUUAACUUAAAUUAUUUUCAAACUUUAAUUUGUAUAAAAUGCAAUACUUCGAAGUAGAAAUUCAAAUAAUAUUCUUUUAAAUUUCUCAUUGAGAGAAAUGAUUAUUAUAAUUAAUUAUUAAGAAAUAAUUAUAAUCAUUAUAUAAACAUGUCAGAUACAUGGAAUAGAAAUAUUUACCGCCAAGAACAAGAAGCAUUUGUUUCUGGUCAUGGUGGGACAACUUCCAUAGAGGUUAUAUAUGCAAUCUUGCCAAGUUGUUGUAGUAUUCUCUUAACUACAACUACAAUGGGCUUUUUAGAACAGACUGCCCAUAAAAAUAUUAGGACUAUAAUAGAAUUUACAUUAAUUGUAAUACCAUCUAUUUUGUGUUGUACUAUAUUAUCUGACUAUGUUGUUACAGUAUGUUGUAUCAUGAUGUUAAUAUCUAUAAUUAAUAUUUUAUUAUUAGGAAUUAAUUCUGAUAUAACGCCAACAUACAAUAUAAGACCUAUUUAUGGUAAAAGGCCUUUUGUUACACAUUUCAGAGCAUUGACUAAUAUAAUAACAGCGAUAUGUAUAUUAGCUAUAGAUUUUCACAUAUUUCCUCGCAAGUUUGCAAAAACUGAAUUAUUUGGAUAUAGUUUAAUGGAUACUGGUGUUGGGUUAUUUGUAUUAGCUAAUGCUGUAGUGGCUCCAGAAGCUAAAGAUUUUGCUCUUAAACCUAGGAUAGGUUUCUUCCAUACUAUAUCAAAAAAUAUAAAGCACUCUGCAAGAAGUUGCAUUCCACUUUUAAUAUUAGGUUUUGGCAGAUCUGUUGCCAUUGAAGUUUUAGGUUAUCAAAAGCAUGUCACUGAAUAUGGCAUUCAUUGGAAUUUUUUUAUAACUCUUGCUUUUGUUAAAUUAUUUACUAGUUCUAUAACAAGUACUAUCAAUUCAAGGUAUUCAUUAUUAUCAGGAAUUUGGAUUUUAGGAAUGCAUGAAUAUGUUUUAAGUACCAAGGGAUUAAAGGAAUGGGUUUUAAGUAAUAGACCAAGAAAUGAUUUUGUAUCUGCUAAUCGGGAAGGUGUAGUAUCUGUACCUGGAUAUGUUGGGCUUUAUUUAAUAGGUGUGGCAGUUGGUAGAUUGAUUCAUUCUACAUAUCAGAAUUCACACGCUCAAAAUUUGUUACAACAUAAACAUGAAACAUUUCAGUUUAAAUUAUUUGGAUAUGAGCUUGAUAUAAAUUAUAACGAGUCUAUGAUUUUAUGUAUUAAAUUAUCCUUGAUAUCAGCUCAGACAUGUGCAGCCACUUUAAUCUGUGAUGCAUAUUUUAAAGUAUCUAGACGGUUAGCAAAUGCUGGAUAUUGCAUGUGGAUUCUAACUUUAGGUGUCAUGGUACUUACGUUAUUGCUAUUGAUUGAAAUAAUAUCAGAUAUAUUAGUUUAUGUAACUAUGGAUUCAGAACAUAAUCAAAAAAAAACAAAAUCAUACAAAACAUAUACAAAAAGCAAACGAGAUAAAAUGCCUGAUAAAUGCCAGAAAAAUGCAAAUAAAAAUAGCAUUGAAAUAUUUGAAGCUGUGAAUUACAAUGGUCUACUUUUCUUUUUAUUGUCAAACUUAAUGACUGGAGGUAUUAAUAUGUUAGUACGUACAUUAUAUGUAAGUCAUUUAAAAGCUUUACUAAUAUUACUUGCAUAUAUGGCCGUAAAUAUAUUAUCAGUUUUAUUAUUGUACAGAAAACAGGUACAAAUUAAAUUAUAAAUAUAAAUGUAUAACUCGUUGUACUAAUUGCAGAGUAUGUGAUUUCUUACAUUGUACAAUUACAUAAUGAAUCAGUGUAAACAAUUAGUAACAAAAUAUUUACACUGCCA